AGUUCCCCCGUCAGUGCUUAGCUUGGAAACAAGCAUGGCGGCAACGUGUGGUGAGAGUGUGGUCAUUGACGAAGAAAAUGGAAAGCUAUGCGAACCAGUUACAGUUUCUGAAGAAGAUAAGAAGAUAGCAGAAGAGCUGAAGGAAAGAGCAAAUGAACACUUCAAAAAUGAGGAAUAUGAUCAAGCUAUAAAGUUUUACACUGAUGCCAUUGAACGAAAUUCAGGUGUCGCUGCAUACUAUAGCAACCGCAGUUUUGCAUAUCUUCGCACUGAAUGCUUUGGGUAUGCUCUUGCUGAUGCAGAUAAGGCAAUAAGUCUGGACAAGUCUUACAUCAAGGCAUAUUACAGGCGAGCAUCAGCAAAAAUGGCCCUGGGAAAAUUCAAAGAAGCUUUGAAGGACUUUGAAUAUGUGGUAAAUGUUCGACCAUCAGACAAAGAUGCUCAGGCUCGAUGCAAUGAGUGCAAAAAAGUUGUAAGGAGGAUUGCAUUUGAACGAGCUAUAGCAACAGAUGAAACUCAGAAAUCUGUUGCAGACCAGAUAAACUUGGAUGUGAUGGUAAUAGAGGACGACUACAAGGGGCCACAGCUUGAAGAUGGUAAGGUGACAUUGGCAUUUGUCAAGGAUCUGAUGCAGACUUUCAAAGACCAGAAGACAUUGCACAGAAAGUAUGCUUAUAAGAUUCUUUUGGAUGUGAAGAAGAUUUUUGAGGAACAGCCAUCUCUUGUGCACAUUACUGUGAAAGAUGGAGAGAAGUUCACAGUAUGUGGAGAUAUUCAUGGACAGUUCUAUGAUCUUCUUAACAUUUUUGAACUUAAUGGUCUACCUUCAGAAACAAACCCAUAUCUGUUUAAUGGAGACUUUGUUGACAGAGGAUCAUUCUCCGUUGAGUGUAUCUUUACCCUGUUUAGUUUCAAGCUUCUGUACCCUGACCACUUUUUCAUGGCAAGAGGCAAUCAUGAAAGUGAAAAUAUGAACCAGAUGUAUGGUUUUGAGGGAGAAGUCAGGUCCAAAUUUUCUGCCCAAAUGUGCCAGCUCUUCACAGAAGUUUUUAACUGCUUACCAUUAGCUCAUUGUAUUAACAACAAGAUUCUGGUCAUGCAUGGAGGACUGUUUGAUGAUGACAGUGUAACUCUAGAUGACAUUGCAAAAGUGAACAGGAACAGACAGCCACCUGAAUCAGGUAUCAUGUGUGACCUCUUAUGGUCUGACCCACAGAAUGUAACAGGAAGAUCUCCAAGUAAGCGUGGUGUAGGUAUACAGUUUGGUCCAAAUGUAACACAAGCAUUUCUUGAACGCAAUAAGCUGGACUACAUCAUACGCAGUCAUGAAGUCAAAGAUCAAGGCUAUGAGGUUUCUCAUGAUGGAAAAUGUGUUACCGUCUUUUCUGCACCCAAUUACUGUGAUACCAUGCAUAACAAAGGAGCCUUCAUUACACUGAAAGGAGGUACAGACCUUAAACCAAAGUUCACUACAUAUGAUGCAGUGCCUCAUCCAAAAGUUAAACCCAUGGCCUAUGCAAGUCCAUUAUUUGGGUUAUUUUAGGUUCUUCGGUUGUCUGACAGCUGUUAUUUUUGUGCGUACUUGGAUUUGUGUGAGGAUGUAUUUGAGUAUGUGUGUGCAUGCAUACACUUUCAGUGAAGCAGACAUAGAGACUAAAUAUAUUACUAGAUAUAUUUGAAAUAUGCGUUUUGUUUUUUUGAGCAUGUUUUGUUUUGUGAUGGAUGAAGAUUUCACCUGCAGUUGGUCAUGCUAGAUCCCAGUUUAAGCAAACACAUCCAGCUGAUUCUUUCAUCUAGCCUAAAGUUGCUUUUGUUUUUAUCAUAAAUAAUAUUUCUUGGCAAUCAUACAACGGAUACUGAUAAUUCUGUGAUACAUGCUGUAGCUUGGGCUUAUUGUUGCUGUGUACAGUAGUUACACAUCCAGAAAAAAGUCAGAAGUGUAUAUAUAUUUGAAAUAAAAUAAUUAUUUUCAACCCAAAAGUAGGCAAAUAAACAUGCAUGCCUUGAUGAAAACAGCUGAUUCUGAAGCAUUACAGCUUAAAAGAGGUAAUAAUUUGCUCAAACAUUUGGGAGAUCACAUGCAUAUUUUGAAAAAAGAGCACACACAGAGGGAUGCUUCUUGUCAAACCUUAGGGGAGAUAAUGCAGGCAAAAUAUGCUAUAAGGGCAGAUUUAACAAUAUCCCCUAUAAAAAGAAAACAAAAGGCAAGUUUUUCUUUUAGUUCAAUUCUGUACUCUUAUUACUAUACAAAGGCAGGUUUUGUAAUUCACUUUAGGCGUAGAUGUUUUCACUUGUGAAGUAAGCUUGCGACUUGCAGGCUAUUGACUGGGAGACUGCUGUUGACACAGCAGUGUUUGGUACAAAAUCGUGCAGCAUCAGGAGUGUGGUUUGGUUUUAUUUUCCUUGAAUCACUUGACAACACAGUCCACUGCUUCUAUGGCAUUAAAGUGAACAUUAUGGAAAGGAAUCCUACCUAUUUUCACAAAACACCUAUUUCUAUUUUGUAUUGAAAGAUCCAGAACUAUUCUUAGAGGGGGAUGGGGUGGGUGGCCGGCUGGCUGAAGAAUAACAAGGAAUAGCUCAGGGUCAGAAGAGUGGAAAAAUAAAAUUAUUUCAUUUAACUUAAAACAUUAUUUUUUUUUUUAUUAAAUUCAAGCUGUUAUGUUACGUUUAAGAUUUACAAAUGAGGAUACAGUAGUGGGACCAAAAUUAUGAUUAUAUCACUAAUAUCUCAACUGCUGAUAAAAAGAAUUUUGAUGAUCUUUGUUUGUAGAUGCUACAUUCCCAGAAUAAUGAAAGGAAUAUGGAAGGAGAAAAUGCGUUGUAAAAAAUAUAUACAUAUUUUUUUUUUUUGUAAGCACUUCCCAGAGCUUGAGAGCUACUUGUUGAUUUUGAUUCUUAAGGUCGGCAUGCACCUUAACAAAUCUGGAGCAUGUAUCAGUUUGUUCUGAAUAUAAGGAAACUGCCAAGAAUAAAAAGCAAUACACUGAUGUCAUAAAAUGGCUAUUGAAUUUACAACCACUUUCACUAAAUGCAGUAUUAUCUUGUUUUCUGUGAAUUGAUCAUGUUUUAAAUGAUAUACAAUUUAUAUAGCAUUUAAGAAGAUAAAGUAAGAUCUUGAUGCUUCAUUUACCUAAGGAUGUGUUUAAUAUGCAAAAUGCAAUGGUCUGAUUCCUAUCCUCCAAAUAUGUUGAAGAAUGAAUUUACUACAGACAUGUAUAGCCUAUCUUUUUUUUCGAAGAUAUUAAAACCAUUAUAUGUGU